AUGGCCAUCCUCACAGAACAACACAGACAACAGGAACAAAACCUUAUCGAAAUCGAUCUCAAUCAACAGCAAAACUCCCACCAACCUCCAACACCCUUUUUCACAAACAUGGCCGGUCUCAGAAUCCCUCUCGACGCCCUCACUUCGAGGAUGAACCUCUCGGGUCGCUUCGACGGCUUGCGCAACCAGACCAUCUCUUCGCGCUUUGCCAACCUCCGUCCCAUCUCCGAGUUCCUGGAUGUCAAGCGCGUCUCCAAGCCCGCCAACUUUGGAGAGGUUCAGAGCAGAGUCAACUACAACCUUGGCUACUUCUCUAGCAACUAUGCCGCUGUCUUCGUCAUGCUCAGCAUCUACAGCCUGCUCACAAAUCUGAGGCUUCUUUUCGUCAUCUUCUUGGUCAUUGGUGGAAUGUAUGGUAUCGGCAAGCUCGAGGGCAACGACCUCGUCAUUGGCAGCUGGCGUGCUACAACAUCCCAACUCUAUACCGCUCUUCUUGUCGUCGCAAUUCCCAUGGGAUUUUUGGCCUCCCCUCUCACCACUGCUCUCUGGCUGAUCGGAGCCUCGGGCGUCACCAUCUUGGGCCAUGCCUCGUUCAUGGACAAGCCAAUCGAGUCAGCUUUUUCCGAGGAGGCGGUCUAG